UGUCAAUACCGUCAAUGGUGCGUCAUGUUUUCAUUUCUAAGUCAAGUGUUUGUCAUUCUUAUUUCUUCCUCCUUUAUUGUUGGAAUUUAGAUAAAUCUUUUAAUAUUAACUUGUAGAUAUAGAAAAGUAAAUGCAAGACCAUAAAACAACCUGAUUAUUUAAUAAAUUUCCAACGAAUUGCAGUGAAAUGAAAUAACUAUGGCAUCGUUUAAUUUUCUCGUUUUGUUAUUGAUUUUUAGUUUUUGCAGAUCUGGAAACUUGCAAAGGUUACAUGAGAAAAUAUACUCGUCAAUUGAGGGAGGAGCAGCAUGUUUCAGACGAUUAAAUGGAACACAUCAAACAGGGUGUUCAUCGGCUGACAAUGGUGCUGUUGGUGUGGUACAUAUGAUAAAAGAUGUUACUGAUGCCCAUUGGUUGGUGGAAAAUGCCACUGCCGGCCCCUACAUGGUGGUUGUGAGCACUGCUCUGUUUUAUGAUGUUUUUGACCUACUUUUCAAACAGCCAGAAUUAAUUGCUGGUAUUCUGUUAUAUGACAAUGCUACGAAAAGUGCUCCCCAAUUUAGUCAAGAUAUGAGUUGUCCUAAUGACUAUUCAGCAGCUGAAGGAAGUUCCUGUUCAGCUGGUGGAGUUGUAUGGAACCCAAAAGGCACAGGACUUUUACGAAGAGACAUACCAUUUCCCAUAUUUUACUUGCCUGAGUCUAGAUCACAGGAGAUAGAUAAAAUAGAUGAAUGCUAUCAAAGGUAUAAUUCCGAUAAGAACAAUCAGAAAGGCAAGCCACUGUGUUCAGUGCAGUUACAUUCAUUUAUGUUUGCCGCAGUGAAUACUGAAGUAUGCCUAAGAAGGUCAGCAUCAUCAGCUUUAUUAACACCCACGAAAGUGUGUGAUCCUUUAGGUGAUUACAAUGUCUACUACUCUCUUUUUCCUAGGACAAAAGACACCAAGAAUAAAAAAGUUACUUUAGUGACUGCAAGGAUUGACACAGCUUCCUUAUUUGAUGGUGUGUCUCCCGGUGCAGCUAGUUCGGUUGUUGGUAUGGUGACGCUGUUGACGGCAGCCACAACACUUUCUCAAAUGAUACCUAUUGCGGAUUCGAACUUGUAUGAUGAAAAUAUAUUAUGGACACUAUUUAAUGGUGAAGCAUUUGACUACAUCGGGUCACAACGAGUGGCGUACGAUAUCAGUAAGGGUACGUGGCCAGCCGCAGCUCCUCUCACAGUCGAUGAUAUCAACUUACAUGUGGAGAUAGGCCAGAUAGGAGGUGCUCUGAAUAAACUUGAGCUCGCCUGGCCUCUGUACGCAUUCAUACCUUAUACUAAUGUUGUACCUGAGAUUAAUGAAUUUGUGAAUACAUUAGGGAGCAACCUUCAGAACAAUAUAUCAAUAAAUACCGAGUUCUCAACACAUUUCCCGCCAUCAUCUCUGCAUUCCUUCCGUAGAAUUCUUAAAAAUGAAACAGAGAGUGCAGCCUUACCCGAGGUGUUGAUUACCGACCACAAUGCUGAAUUCACCAAUUUGUUUUACAAUUCGGCAUUGGAUGGUUUUGAUAAAAUUGAUUUUGAGUAUCGUAAUAUUACUGUUGACGGAAAUGGAACAUUUAUAUCCACUGAUGCACUACUGGCGAAUGGAACCAUGAAAGAGGUUGAUACACAAGUGAAGAUUGCGCGGCUAGCUACAGCCGUCUCUCGAACAAUGUACCAAAGAGUUGCAGGAAAACUGUAUACUGGUAACAUUACUGCUUCAGCACACUUGGUAGACGAGAUGCUGUACUGCUUCCUACGGAGCCAGGCGUGUCGGCUGAUAAUGGCGGCGGACUACGCGUCGAGCGGCGGCGCGGAGGAGAAGCCGCCGGAGCGCGCGGCGCCGCUGUACGUGGGCGUGGCCACGUGGGCGUCCACGCCGCCCGUGUUCGCGGCGCACCUGCUCGCCUUGCUCACCGGCACCGCGCUGCCUGUCAACCGCACGCAAUGCGACGCCCUCAACGUACCGGGAUUUUCGCAAUAUUGGCUAAGGGGGUGGAACCACAGUGGUGUCUGUAUGCAGACUACUAUGAACAUCAGUGCUGCCAUCAGCCCUGCGUUCAUCAUCGAAGACUACGACUUGAAGUCGGGCGUGUACUCGACGUGGACGGAGUCGGUGUGGCAGGCGAUGUGGGCGCGCGUGUUCGUGCGCGCGAGCGGCGCGGGCGCGGGCGCCGCCGCCGUGGCCGGCGCGCUCGCCACGCUGGCCGCCGCGCUGCUCACCUACUGGCUGCAGCGACACGCCGCCACCAUAUUCACCAACGCGCCCCAGCACUCCAUUGUCAAUGAUGAUGCCGCUUCUGGUAUACUAAGGACUGUCAACUGUUGAGAGGAAGCUAGAAAAGUAUUAGGGAAGAAGACUGUCCAUGUGAGGGUAUUAUGGAAGGGAGGAAUAGAGCUGUGAAGGUAGACGUUAGAAAACAUUCCACGCCUGUGUAGUGUCAGUCAACACUACUACUUUUGUACUAGUAAACGUCGAUGCCCUCGCUAUAAUAUUUAAUAUUAGAAUAUUUGUUAACUAUAAUACGGAUAAACAGUUUUAUGUUACAUACCUCAUGCGAAUUCAUACAUCGUAUAAAAACUAAAUAUGAAAAUAAUGAAUAACAUCACUAAGUAUUAAACAAUCCACUUCUGAACUCUGAAUCCAAGUGUUAUUAGAAUAUAAUUAUGUUUUAUAAUUGAUAUUUAUUUCAUGACAUGCCAAUUCAACUUUUUAUGACUAAAUGAAAUAAAAAUGUUUUUAAAA